CUAGGUUUGCUAGCUACAGCAGGAGCAGUUAUGAUGUUGAAAAGAAAUAAAGCAAAUGUUGUAAAUAAUACUGAAGUAGCUGAAGUUAAACAAACUCCAACACCUUCGCCAAAACCAACGCCUUCACAAGCAAAACCUUCAAUGACUCCUGAACCUAUGGAAGUACAAACUCCUGUUCAAAAGUCAACUCCUAAACCGACUCCAACAUUUAAACCAGAACCUACUCCUCAAAUAAAUCGUAAAACUCCUGCGUUUCCUUACUGA